AUGAAGGGCGACACCUGGGACCCCUGGAAGACGUGGAACGACAGCUCAGUAUCCUGGGAUCGAACGUGGAGUCAGAUGUCCAACUGGGGUGCUUGGAGGUGGCCAAGCGAGGACGACGACUCGGGGGGUUCGGCAGGCAAGUACGAGUUGAAAGGCAAGGGGUGCUCAGGCGGCUCCGAGACGGACUCAGAGAAGUCAGUGCAGUCGAGAGGGUUCGGCACACCAGAGCAGGUGAAGAAGAUGAUGUCAGAGGUGCACGGAAGACUCGAGUCGGGCGGGGAGUACGAGCAACACGACCAGCGACGUGGAGGCCGAAAAGGAAAAGACCCACCUUGCCCGACCUGGGAUGGAAAGGACCUCAGCGAGCGGCCAGAGGAGAGGCUGGCCAUAGACAGAUGGAGCAGAUUGACGGCAGUGUCGCCUGAGGAGCAGGGCGAGACCCUGCUACUGCACUUGACCAAGGAGGCGGCGACUGCGACACGGCACCUACGACCAAGUUCGGUACAGUACGCAGGCGGUCUACAAGCAAUCAUUUUGGCACUGGACACGCUGGCGUUCCCAGAGGCAGACGCGGAGACCUUCCAGCAGCUGGAAAGGACUCUCUUCGCGGCUCCUAGGGCGAGAGAAGAGACGCUGAUGAAGUUCACCAAUCGAGUACGAGCAGAACAGAAAGAGUUAGAACGGCUACUCCCCAACGCACUGAACGACACGGUCAUGGGUUUCUUGUUAUUGAGAGGGGCGGGUCUGGCCAAGCGGAACGGAACCAGGUUCUCAUCCAGACGGGCUACGACUACAACGUCAACAAGCUGGUCGAUUCUGAAGCGGAUGACGGACGACAGCACGGUCACCGAGAAGAGUACACCGACAAAAGGGGCAGACGUGUCGGGAAUUGACGAGGAUGAGCCCCUGAUGUCCGAGGAUGGUGAAGCCGAGAGUGCUGUGUACGACGCGAUGGCCAACCUGCUCGGGAUCGACGACGAUGGAACACCCGACGGACAAGAACCAACUGACGAUGGAGAACGGAUCCUCACGGAGGUCGAGGCGCUCGACUGCCUCGCGGCCAUCGUACCACCACCGACGAAGCCGCGGACGUGGGGCGAAGCUCGGAGGAUCGUGGCGGACAAGAAGACCAAUCGGGGGUUUCGCAACCUGCAGGACGGCAAGAAGCUCAACGACAAGAUAGAGGACGUCAAGAAGCGCACGAAGUGCGGCAUAUGUAAGAAGGUUGGACACUGGCAUCGAGAGUGCCUCGACAAUCCGAAUAAUAAGAACAAGCCGACGGGAGGUUUCAUUGCGAUGACGGUGCUGCAGGACGACGAGAUCUGCAGCUACAUAGCGACAGAGGCGAAGAUGGCGUCACGGUCGAACCUAGUAGAGCACAUCAACCUGGCGAUCGACAUCAAAACGUCGGGCAAGCCAGGCUGGGGGGCACUCGACACGGCCUGUGGUUUCAACAUGAUGGGGCUGGACACCUACGCGAAGUGGGAGGCACACUACAAGAAGGAGCACGGCAUCACGCGGCAGACGAUCCCGUACCAUAAGAAGUACAGGUUCGGCAAUGACCAGAUCUGCACGGCGACGGACGGGGUGAUCAUCCCGAUCAUGCUGGGCGACUUUGUAGGCAUCGUUUUUGUGUGCUUGGUGCAGGGAGCGGCUCCACUUUUGUUGUCUAAGACAUUUGUCGUGGAGCUGAAGGCGUCCCUCCAUGCAUUUCAGUCGGAGCUGGAUCUGCCUGAGCAGAGCCUGCGACUCCCCUUGGCACACGCUGGAGGGGAACACGUUUUGCUGCAGCUGGAUAACUUCACGAGACCGUGGAGUAAGCCUGAAGGCUGGACACUGUGCACAAAGGAGGUUUCUAUGGAUUUCAGUUCUAGGACCGAGUAUAAGCAUCCCUCCACCUUCCUCAUCUCCGAGGUUCAAGUUAACAAGCAGAGCAUCGACACUAACAAGCACUGGAACAGCACCAACAGCAAGCACGUGAACAACAUAAACGACGUGAGCAGCAUCAACAGCAGGUCCGAGAACAGCAUAAAUGACGAGACCUGCAUCAACACCAAACACCUGAACAACAUAAAUGACAACAUCCACUCGUCCUCUUUCAUGCAGCAGAAGGUGUCGCCGCUGAGGGAGCGGCAGUCGGACGCCAACAAGAGCCAGGCCAAGACGACGGCGCCGAAGUUCAAGUGGCCCUGGCACGAGGUCAGCUCGGAGAGCCGACCGCCCACAGGAGUGAUGAUGUGUCGCUACUACGGUGUGGAGAACCAAGGACCUCGGACCCCAGCUGUGGGCACGAGGGCCAGAGAUCACGACCCCAAGAAGGAGCAUUCCUGCCUUCACGAGUUCACUCACCACGGCGGGAAUGCGAGAGCGUUCUGGAGCCAGUGCAGCGGAUGCAGGCUACACGUGGAGUUCUACCCCAAGGGAGCUCCCAACAUGAAGGAGAUCUGCGAGCAGCUCGAGGAGUACAAGAUGCUGGAGGCGGAGAUCAAGGAGCCGGAGGAGCAGAUCGAGGGUCUGACGGAGACGGCCGAGCAGGAGGAGUGGGAGACGCUGGACGAGGAAGUGCAGGACCAGUCACCUCGGAGCAAGGCUCUGAUCGCCUUGAAGGAGCUGCUGCAGGACGAGAACGCCAACGCAAUGACCAGCCAGCUGGUGGAGAACCUGCGCGGCCACCUCGGGGCGGACAUCAGCGACCAGAGCGGGCAGAAAGAGGCGUGGGACAUGAUCAAGAGUGCGAGUCCCCUACUCGUGAUCAUCAAGCCGCCCAAGGACAUCUACAACAACAAGCUCAAGGAGAAGAUCGGCAGGGACGUGACGACCUUCAUGUCGGACAUGGCGAUCCAGCAGGCAUCAGAGUACGGGAAGAUGCUGAGUCAGGAGUUCGUGCAGGGCUCUCUGCAGAACAAGCUGGGGGGCGUGCCGAUACCCCUGCAGGAGCUUACUGGAGCUCUGGUACGAGCUAUCGUGAAGGCCAAGAUGAGCGAGCUGGCGACCGUCGAGCUGGCCAAACCGUCCAACGCUCCCACGACCUACCAGUUCAACGACGUCAUCGGCAUGGACAUCUUCUUCGUUCUAGGUCCCGAGAACACCACCAAGGUGCCGAUGCUCAACAUCGUGUGUCACGGGACGGGGCACCAAGUCGUGGUACCGCUACCGAGCAGACAAGGUCAGCAAAUCAGACGACAUUAUCGUGCUUUCUGGAAGCGGAUGUACGGCAUUCCCAGGAUCAUCGUGACAGACGGCGAGAAAGGUUUUUCAACAGGCGAGUUUCCAGACGCAGCUGAAGGAGACGGCACCGAGGUGAAGGUGACGAGCGCUACCUCGCCAUGGCAGGCAGGCAAGACUGAGAGGGCUGGGGGGACCUGGAAGGAGACCUUCUACCGCACAAGGCAGAAGUUCAACACCAAGAACUCCAUGAACGGAGACACCGAGCUUGCCAGGAGCAUUGACAUGCGCAAGGCAGCCAUGGCAGCGUACAUCGAGGCGGGGGAGACAUCCGCCUGGGAGCAGAUCGACCACACGAUGAAGGAGGAGGUGAGCACCGAGAACCGCGGAAGGCGCAAGUACGAGGACCUGACCAAGCAGCCCUCACCAGCUGAGGAGGACCAGGGCGACGUACCUCAGACAGCACCUCCAGAGCCAGCAGGGGAUGAUCAACCAGCGGCCUCCCUGGAGCCACCGACGGUGGAGAUCGAGCACUCCUCCGAUGUGAAGUCAGAUCCCAUCCCCAUGGAAACGCAGUACUACGAUCACCUCGACGAUGUACCGAUCACCAUCAAGCAGGCUCUAGUUAACCCUGACGCGGCGAUACCGGUGGCACAACGUAUCGCGACCAUCGAGGAGAAGAUUCAGAAGGAACAGCAGGAGGUCACGGAGAAGUCUCUUGUGAACACCUACAAGUACCAGCCGUACAUCUCAGCCAAGCGCAGGGAGUGGGGCAACAUACAGAAGGCGGGUGCAGUACGGGUUCUCCCUCCCGAAGAGGCAGAACGAGUUCGACAGGAUCCUGCAUUGACCACUCGGAUCAUGGGCUCCAGGUGGGUCCUUACGGACAAGGACGGCGACCCCAACGAGACCGACGCGAGCAAGAAGCCCUUGCUCUUCAUGAGUGGCAACGACAGGAGGAUGGCCAAGGCGCGAUGCACCGUCCAGGGACACACCGACCCUGACCUGCUGGAGCUGGAGACCUACAGCCCAGUCGUGGGUAAGGAUUCGGUUUUCCUCAUCCUGCAGAUCUUGUGCACCAAUAAGUGGACGCUGCAGCUUGCGGACAUCACGUCGGCCUUCACAGCAGGAGACCCACUGGACAGGCAGUAUAUGGACUCGAAGACGCUCCCGUACAAUGGCUGGCAUCUUUCACAAGUUAUGCCAACAAAAAUCGGUUUUCAGUGCUCCAUCUUUGACGGCUGCGUCUUCUACCUCAGGGACGUAGAGGGCUUGCACGGCGUCAUGGGCCUUACGGUGGACGACAUCGUGGGCGGUGGCGACCAGAAGUUCGAUGAGAAGGGGAAGUACACAGGCAAGGAGCUCGACCAGAACGACGACAACACGGAGAUCACCAUCUCUCAACGCCAGAGCUCCGUCAAUAUUCAACUUAACGACAUCGCCACAGAGAGGCGUAAGACGCCUCAGUCACCAGUGACGCCAACAGAGCUGCAUCAGGCACGGAGCCUGUGCGGCUCCAUCUCAUUCCUGGCGCGGGAGAGUCGUCCCGACCUCUCGGGUCCUGUCUCUCUCUUGCAGGGAACAAUGCCGAAUCUCACCGUGGACGACUUGCUGGAAGCAAAUCGUAUCGGCCGCAUGACCAAGGAGUUUUGCGACGUAGCACUCAGGGUACGACGCAUCCCUUUUCACGAGCUGGCCUUCGCUGCCUUCGAUGACGCGGCCUGGGCCAAUGCACGGGAUGGAGCCUCACAAGCAGGAUACAUCGUGUUCGCUACGCAGCGUAAGAUCUUGAAGGGCGAAGCGGCCACCAUCUCCAUCCAAUCCUGGAAGAGUCACACAUUGAAGAGGAAAUGUGCUCACCAGUUUGGUGCGGAGACGCUGGCCAUAUCGGAGGGCAUGGCUAUGGCGGAGUUCAUCAGGACCAUGCUGCUGGAGAUCGUCGACUCCGAGUUCGAUCUGAUGCGUCCCUACCUACUCGCUGGUCGUUUUCCCGUCAUUAGUGUGACCGACUCCAGAGGCGGUUACGAUCACGUUACCAAUCCGAAGGCGGGACUGGCGGAGGACAAGAGGGCAGCAAUCGACGUGGCCAUCGUGCGCUCAGCGAUGCAGCGACCUCAAGUUCAUAUACGAUGGAUCGAAGGUACAAGUCAGCUGACCGACCCGCUCACCAAGCGCAAGGGCGAGAGUACGCUACUUCGACAUGCCUUGGAGUUGGGCGAGUACGGCAUCACGGCGGACAGCAUCGUGCUACGUCGACGGGAACAAGAGCGACAGAUGAGGAAGAAGAAGGGCGACCCUACUUAUGCCUGCUCGUUGGAGUGUUGUUUUUCAGGAGUGGACCUGUACGAGAUGGACUGCACGGGUAGCCUCAAGCAAGACUACGAGGAUGACGACCUCAACUACGAGCCCGAGGCCUAUCGGUGGAUCCGAGAGGCCUAG